AUUUUCGAUAUGAGUUCUAGCAGGAAUUCUUUAUUGAUUUGGGCCUACGCUGUAGGAUGCUUCGAUCUGGUCAGCGCAGUGCUCUUUUCUAUGGUCAGUUUCAAGACGAUCUGCGAUCACUUGAGUUGGCUGACAAUUUUUGCGACUAUUUUUGGCCUUUUCUGGGUAUCGAUGAUUGUGAUGCUCCUGGUUGGCAUUCAUGGGCGCAAUCCCAGAUGUGUUCGUGCCUGGAUUAUCUUCUCCUGCCUUGGCAUCCUGGUGGAGAUGUGCCUGAUUUUGUAUGCCGUUUUCAGCGAGAGCUCUUUCCAAAUGGGUCUGGUCAAAAAUGGAUUGUUGCUGAUGCUGGGAUUGGUUGUGGAGUGCAUCUUUCUGUACAUUGUUCAGCGAUUUUACGUGACUUUGGCCUUUUGUCAGGCGUGUCACAAGGCUUUAACGUCAAAAGUUGUCCAAGAAAAUCAUACUUAUACAGAACCCAGACAGCAGCCUAAAAGACAACCACAAAUCCAACAUCCCAGAGGAAAAAUAGUUCAUAACGCCCCAACACAUCCCAUGAAACUGAGUUUCCUUCGAUCUUCGGACAGCAGUUCAAUGUAA